AUGGCUGACGGCGAUGUGAGGAAGGGGACCGUGAAGUGGUUCAGCGACCAGAAAGGCUUCGGGUUCAUUACCCCCGAUGACGGCGGCGAGGAUCUGUUCGUCCAUCAAUCGGCGAUCAAAUCCGAGGGUUUCCGUAGCCUGGCCGAGGGAUCCGCGGUCGAGUUCGUCGUCGAGCAGGGCAACGACGGCCGCGACAAGGCGGCGAACGUGACCGGACCCGGCGGCGCUGCCGUCCAGGGCAGCAGCCGCGGCGGAUCUUACGGCGGCAGGGGCGGAGGUUACGAUGGGGGAAGCAGGGGAGGCGGUUACGAUGGGGGAAGCAGGGGAGGCGGCUACGAUGGAGGCAGCAGGGGAGGCGGCGGCAGAUCUUAUGGCGGUGGUGGAUACGGCGGCGGAGGUGGGUACGGGGGAGGCGGCGGUGGCGCCUGCUACAAGUGCGGUGAGGCUGGGCAUAUGGCUAGGGAUUGCUCCCAGGGCGGUGGCGGCGGCGGUGGUGGAGGAAGGUACGGCGGUGGCGGUGGCGGCGGCGGCGGCGGCGGCGGCGGUUGCUACAGCUGUGGCGAGGAUGGACAUUUUGCACGCGACUGCCCUUCAUCGAAUCGUUGA